UGACCCGCCGCCACUGUACCCAGUAGGCCCUCAUUUGACAGUGCCACUAGUUUAGUGAAGUGAGUGCGCGAGGAUUGAUUCAUCGCCAAGAGCAGUUAACGGGCCUUUCGUGUUUCAAUCUAAAAUAAAUCCUCCCCCCGACAACCUGUAAAUACUCGCUGACCCUCGAAUAAGCGUUUUAAAAAACGUUAAAUUAAAAAUCAUUAAAUCGGGGGGUUUGUUUCCGUGUUGUCGCGCUAACUCAACGAAAUAACAAAAUGCUAGACGAAGAGCAUCCCGUCUACGGGCCUUUCUUUGGAGUUAUGGGCGCCGCCUCUGCCAUUAUUUUCUCCGCUUUGGGAGCGGCAUAUGGCACAGCGAAGUCUGGCACGGGUAUUGCAGCCAUGUCUGUAAUGAGGCCUGAACUCAUCAUGAAAUCCAUCAUUCCCGUUGUCAUGGCGGGUAUCAUUGCCAUUUAUGGUUUAGUCGUAGCUGUACUCAUUGCUGGGUCUAUACAGACACCCGACCAAUAUCCCUUGUACAAGGGUUUCGUUCACCUGGGUGCUGGUCUGGCGGUCGGUUUCUCAGGCCUGGCAGCAGGCUUUGCGAUUGGAAUAGUGGGUGACGCUGGUGUGAGAGGUACAGCCCAACAGCCACGUCUCUUCGUCGGUAUGAUCCUGAUCCUCAUCUUCGCCGAGGUACUGGGUCUCUACGGUCUCAUCGUUGCCAUCUUCCUCUACGCCAAGAAUUAAAAAAAUUCACAAAGAAAAAAAAACCUGCAAUUAAAUGAAUUCACUGAAACAGUCGAGGCAGGAAUGACAAGACACUAUUGCCUGCCGCUGAAGAACAAAAUUGAUAAAAAAAACCAACGCUCCCUAAAGAAACUAAAUAAAUAUUGCAACAUAUUUCGACGUUUUACUUAAGAGAAGUCACAUUUCUGCAUAUUGUACCCACCAUCAAGCAUCAGAUCCUUGUAAUCUCAUCAUUGUUAAAUAUCAAGAAGAUUAAUUCGAAAAAUUUAAAGACACAAAACUAACGAAAAAAAAAAACGCGACAGACAGCAAUUCGAGUCCUGUUUCUCCCAUAAAAAAUGUGUGUACAGCAGUCGGCUGCAAUUGAGCUAUGGAUGAUUAAAAAUAGUGCGAGAUAAUUGAAAAUAAUCCACAACAGUAUGCAAACACGAAUGACCAGAGAUGUACACAGCGAGAAUGAAGGCACACAAACCAUGAAAAAAAAAAUAGCCACUAUUCUUGAUUCUCCACGCCGAAGAUGAACCUUUCUCUUUCAUUGUAUAGUAAUCAUUUUGUAGUAUAGUUUGACAUUGAAUUAUCAAUUAAAUUAAUCGGCUCUACUCAGUGUAUAAAGAUUAUAAACGGAAAAAAAUGAAUGAAAAUACCAUUAAAAAUGCGGUUCUAUUGAUUAAUGAGAAAUACUUAGCACAAUUACUGUAUUAUGCAAAAAAACAGUGGAAAAUAAUAAUAAGCGGCGUAUGGUGUUCUGUGGAUCAAUGUGAGCGAUGAAAAUUCAUGUUAAAAUUUCAUAAACCACCAAAAAAGUGAAAAAAAAAACGCGUUGAACUGCACGUGAGCAAACGACAAUUCGAAAUUGGGUAAAAAUUCAGCAUCAGCAUAAUAAGAUUUGUACAUUUAAAAAAUCCUGCUUUGAGUUUUUUAAUGAAUUAUUAAUUAUCGAGCACAUACGCGUCAGUGCGCAAGGGAGGAAUGCAUCGUGAGGAAUGGAUUUCUGAUAGCGGGAACUUUGCGUGUAUACUAGAAGGAAAAUAUUAAUGAAUUGAAAAAUAUUAACAGAAGAUCGAUACUCGAUAGUAUUAAGUCAAUUUCGUCGGGGGCUGCUUGAACUUGAUUGAAUUAACGAUGAAACUCUUCGAUGAAUUUUCACGAGAAGUCGACUCUCUUAAAAAAAAUAGAGUAACGACAAAUGUUCGGGGAUUCAUGGAAGCUAAAUAGUCGUAAAAUCCAAGAAUUGUUGCAAUGGCCAGCAUCAAUUCUGCUCACCAUCCACAAAUAUCCAGGAAUGUAAAGAUAAUAAUUAAAAACACGUGAUGAUGCGCCAGAAGAUGAACGAAUGGCGCAUUAAAACCGAAAUUGAGGUGUACGAGGCCCUGAGAAUGGUCUCGUGAGGCGAAUAAAUGUUAAAAUGAAAGAAUAAUGAAAAACAAAAUGUAACAAUUUGUACAUUCCAUAAUAAGUUCGUUGAGUCCAUGGGUAGCGGGUGCGCAGGGAAUUGUUUCAGUGCUAACGAGAGUGAGGAUUAACCCUGGGUCCACAGGGCUGAUUGUCUGGGAGCUGGCAAUUGGCUCUGUCUGAUUCCUAGAUCCUCGAAAAAAAUCAAUAGCCCAAUGAAAACAUUAUCCAUUGAGUGCAGUCUCGCGAGAUUGAAUCGAUUGAAAGAAUUACCUGUUAACCCGUUCACCGUGUUUUAUUGACUGUGGCAGUAUCUCCUUGUAUUACCUGAUAACAAAACAUCGAGCUCAACGUAUAGAGGCAUUUCCGGGCGAGGGAAGGCAUUUCUCUUUGCUUCUCAAUUCGAGAAUAACACUAUUUCGAUUAAAUAGAUGUUGAUUACUUCUGUUUGAUUGUGAUGAAUGGAACGGGAUUAAUUGUCUCGAGUGAAUGCAUAUCACAGUGUUUGCAAAGUUCUCGCUUGAAAAUGCCAACUAUAUUGGGGACAGACUGGAUCGAAAUAAAUCGUAAUGUGAAAACAAAAAAAAAUUACCGCUCUUUCGAUCAUUCUCGCGGCGACGGGUCAACAUUCGGUUGGAGGGAAGAUUAUGUGGGAUUUACUUGCCUGAGAAUGGGGACGAGGAUGAGAAGGACAGAAAUUGCUGGAAAAGACAGUUUUUUUGAAAUUGAAAACUUCCAGAACAUUUUCUGCGAUUGAAUAAGAGUCGUUCCCUCGUCCUAUCGAUUCACGAAGAAGAAUAAUGUAGAAACAACGCAAAAAUGUCACAAUCCAGACGAUUUCCUCUCUCCCCCCUUUAUCCGUUCAAAAUGUCAAUGAGAAAAAUACUAUACGAAACUAUUGUAUUCGCUGAUGAGAUAAAAUAACGCCGGGAGAAUAUUUAAAAAACCAUGUUAUCAGUUGCAAUAGUGCGCGUGUAAUGUACAUACCACCAUUGAUGCUUGAAGCUAUUAUUGCACGUACCUAGGGUAGACUAGAAUGAGGUAUUAUUGUACCAAACUUGCGUAGCUGUGUGAAAGAUAAAAAUUCAAAUAACUAUGAAAUAAAAAAAGAACUAAUGACUAAUGGAGCAAUUAUCUGAAAUUGUGAGUGAGAGAGUGAUGAGAGUGAGCGAUAGAGCGUGAUUCAAGAUGAGAAACAAUUAACGAUUUAGUAGAUGAAUAUAAAUGAGGAAGCACUGGUAUAGAGGGAGGAGAGAAACGCCGUCGCCACCCCCCCCCCCUUUUUAAAAUGAAAAAGAAAAAAAAGUACUAUCUUCCAGUGUUACUUGUAGAUUCAUUGUUGAGCGCUGAAAGUGAUACUGAUCAAUAAUUAUUUAUGUUAUAUGAUUCGUCCUCGAUGUUACAGAAAACAAAAAAAAACCGUGUUUAAUAAAAAUUUAAUUUGGACAA